AAAAGGAGGGCUUCUCCAAUCGAGCCGUGCGUGGUUUGGCUGGACCCACCUUUCCAUCUUCCUAACCGUUCCCCUCUCACCUCUAAUUUCUUUGAUUAACUUGAGGGCGGCGAGGCUGUCAGAAGUUUAGGCGAUGGGGAGGACGUCGGCGACGCCGGAUCCCCGGCUGGCAGAGGCGAUGCCUUUGAAAGAGGCUCCCACGAGAUGGUAGGGGUCGAAUCUGCGGCUGGGAGGCGGGCUCCUGCGAAACCCGGCGAAUAAAGCAGCCGGUUCGAAAUGUAACGCUUAAUGAGGAGGGAAAAAAAGCCGGCCGGUCUAAUCUCAUCCCAGUUGUCUAAACCCAUUCUUGAUUCUUACAAAACGGUAUCCGCUGCUCAGAAACGCAUCAUGACCACUCUCCUCAGUUGUUAUAAGCCUUUCCGCUUAAAUCCCAUCUGUCACCCUUCUCCAUCCUUCCGGUCUCACUCUCACCACCUCCACUCGCCCCGUGGAAUUUUGGAAAGAGAAGACGAACUAGAAGGCCAUCAAGAUAAAGUCAGAGUGAAAAGAGGGAUGCAAUGCCUUGCCAGAUCGAUAUUCCCGUUUUGCCAUCUGAGGAAUGGGACUGAGGUUUCAAGAUUGAUCCCAAGAUUCUUGCAAUCGAGGUUGCGGUCAGCCAUGUCGGAGGAUCCGGAGCUUGGCGAUUUCUUGGAUUACAUGGAGAAGCUCAAGAAUUAUGAGCGAUCGGGUGUGCCUAUAGGAGCUGGAACGGACAGUGAUGAUGGUUUUGAUCUUGGGAGGAUGCGGCGGCUGCUGCAACGACUUGGAAAUCCGCACACCCAAUUUAAGCCCACAUCUCCUGACGAUUCGAGAACGCAUAUCAUUUGGAAGAAAUGGAGAUCCUGUUCCAGCUGAGGUAUUGAAGAAUGUCUUCCAUCAGGUGAAGGGAAUUCUUGAUCAGUCAAUAGAACUGGAAAAUGGAGCUCUGACCCAUUUUGAGGUGUUCACUGCUCUGGCAUUUUUCCUAUUCUCUCAAGCAAAGGUUGACAUCGCUAUUAUUGAAGCAGGCCUUGGGGGAGCUAGGGAUGCAACAAAUGUCAUAUGCAACACUGAACUUUCUGCAGCAGUUAUAACAUCAAUAGGUGAGGAACACUUGGCCGCAUUGGGCGGUUCCUUGGAAAGCAUUGCGAUGGCAAAAUCAGGAAUUAUCAAGCAUGGGUGCCCAGUGGUCAUUGGUGGCCCGUUUGAACCACAUAUUGAACAUAUUAUUCGGGAUAGAGCUUCUUUGAUGAAGUCCCCAGUUAUAUCAUCAUGUGAUCCAGGAAUCCGGAGUGUUUUAAAGUUCUCUGGAAGAGUAAAUGGAAACUCUUAUCAAAUUUGUGAUAUAUUCAUCAAAGUUCAGAAAGAUUUGCAAUUGUCUAUUGACUUACCUAAUUUAAAACUCCUAAUGCUUGGAAAUCACCAACUUCGAAAUGCAGUUACAGCCACUUGUACAGCACUCUGCCUCCAUGGUCAAGAGUGGGCAAUAUCAGAUGAGUCUAUUCGAGCUGGUUUAGAGCGAACACAAUUGCUUGGGAGAAGCCAGUUUCUAACACAGGAUGAAGCUUCAGCAAUUGGGCUCUCUGGAACAUCCAUACUCAUUGAUGGAGCCCAUACUGAAGCAUCUGCUAAAGGGUUAGCAGAUGUCAUACGGAUGAUGCAUCCAGAAGGGGCAGUGGCUCUCGUGGUGGCAAUGGCUAGCGAUAAAGAUCAUUUGGCAUUUGCAAAACAACUUCUUUCAGGUCCAAGGCCAGAGGUUGUGCUGUUGACUGAGGUGACCAUUGCAGGGGGGAAAUCUCGCAUUGCUUCAGCUUCAACGUUAAAGGAUGUCUGGAUUAGAGCUGCAUUAGAUUUAGGAAUUGAUUUCAUGGAUAGCGGGUUGAUUGACCAUGGGAAGACUCUUGAGGAUCAUAAAAGUGAAUCACGAGGAUCAUCAGAUCACAGCCCAGCAAUGUUGGUUGUGUGCCAUAUUGGAUCUGUAGGUGAUUCAAUUAAGGCUGCAUCUCAGCUGCUCCAGUCCAGGAUAGAUGAUAAGCCCAGUGUUGUUGUUGCUACUGGUUCCCUGCAUGUUGUUUCAUCCGUCUUAGCAGCUGUGCACCACUAGUUAGUUUCUCAUACGUGUGUAAUACCCCCUUUGUACACCUGACCAGCUUUUGCAAACCUAGUCUUGAUUAUUGGAAUGGUAAACAUGGAGAGUUAUUGAUCUUUUUUGAUCAAAACAUGGCCGAGCCAACUCCACAUGCGUUCAGAAAAGAUCAUUCCGGGUGUGUGAUGGUGAUUCACAUAUUGUGGAUAUUUCAAGACUUGCAACCUGUCCAAGGAAAUAACCGGGUCCAAAAUUCUUUGGACUACAGACAAUUCAUGACCGAGUCAAGAAGCUUCUCCAAGCAGAGAAGGGGUUACCCUGAUUCACGGUACUGAUUGAGCUAUAUUUUAAUCUCGUUUUUGCUUUACGGACUUGCAAGGUGUCUUUGGAUUCCAUGUAUAAUUUUUUUUUUUCCCAAGUUAACGUAUUUGGAUUUUCAACUUUUGGAUGAAACAGAGUCGACUGAAUGGGCUGAGCUGAUUCUGGUUUUGGAGCUUUGCCCCUUCUAACAACCAUUGGAGAAGCCGAUGUAUUUUACGUCCCUGGGUAUGUGUAUGGUUUCUAGAGGUGGUGGCCUUCUGAUAUGAGUACUGACUUUCGCUGUAACUCCGCCGAGCACGCAUCAUCUCACCCUAGGCAGUCUCGAGGCCUUAGCGUUUUGCAGAAUGGACGUAGGGUACUGUUUCCUGUACUUGAACGCAAGCUUUUGAGGGAGGAGUAAAGAUGGCAUUGUGGCCCCAAAGUAACGUCCAUGCUUCCAUGCGUUAUAACUCUUUGAAUAGAUAGGUGCAGGAAAUAAAUGGAGGGUAUAAGAAGAUGCAUUUAAUAUGCAUCGCAUCUCGUGAUAGUUUGGAUUCUAUUGUAAAAACUAAAUUGCCUUCUGGAGGUUUUUUUUGGCAGAAAGCUGUAUUAUGACAACCAUGUCGUUCUCGAGUUUUUAAAUGAUUGCAGCGCAUACGGCAAAAUGGUAAUCGAAGAAAA